UUGGCAAAUUAAAAUCUUUGUGGGAUGAACUGAUAAUUUAUGAACCUUUGCUUGAUUGCACUUGUGGGAAGCUCAACAUCCUUUUAGAUAGAUAUCAACAGGAUUGUGUUAUCCAAUUUUUGAUGGGCCUCAAUGACUCUUACAAUAACACCCGAGACCAAAUAAUAAUGCUGGACCCCUUACCGGCUAUAAACAAAGUUUUCUCCAUCAUCCAACAACAAGAGAGGCAUCAUACUGUGCUCUCUAAUUAGCCUUCUUCUGAGUCAAUGGCUUUUGCCAUUAAGAAAGGAUACUCAUCUUUUAAGCCUGCCACAAGGUCAUCUUUCACACAGAAACAUGAGAAACCCUAUUGCUCCCACUGUCACAUUCAAGGCCACCUUUUAGCAAACUGCUUCAAAGCAGGCAAUGCACAGGCCCCUGUUUGUGGUCACUGCAACAUGACUGGGCACAUGAUGGAUAAGUGCUACAAAUUACAUGGAUACCCACCUGGACACAAGCUCCAUAACAAGGGAAAACAGAUGGGUUUUUCUGCUAACAUGUCAUCGCUAGAGCAGGAAAAGGACACUGAGGAGAAGAUGUCCUUUACCAAAGACCAAUAUCAACAGCUCAUGUCACUACUGCAGUCGAAGGAGGCUCCCAUUGCCAACCAAGUCCAAACAGAUUUCAGUUCUUCAUCCACCAUGUCUGGACCUUUUGUCAUGGACCACGAUUGGCAUGGGUGAGCUGAGGAAUGGCUUAUACCAUCUUUUGGUGACUGAAGUGCCUUCUACAGCUUUGCUUGAUCAAUUUUCUAUUUCCCUAAAGAAAAACAUGUCACUUUCAGCUUCUUCUAGUAGCAAUCUUGAUGAUGUAUCAAAUCUUUGGCAUUGUAGAAUGGGUCAUACACCCCUUUCAGUUUUAAAUUUGAUCUCGGAUAAUUCUGUUAAAGUCUCUUUGCCUACUGCCAA